CCGCGGGUCACGUGACAGGGGCUCCAUCGCCGCCAUCUUGAAGCGGUGGCCGGAGGUAUUAUGGAAGAAGGAAGCAGCAUCGCAGUAUUGAUGCCAAAUCUCGGGGAACAGGAGGCUGUGCUGAUUUCUGAAACAGUCAUUGGCCCAACCCUGCAGAGCAGCGAAGAGCAGAGAAAAUGUCAAACUGACCCCCUGAUCCACGUUAUCCAGAAGCUGAGCAAAAUAGUUGAAAGUGAGAAGUCUCAAAGAUGCCUUUUAAUAGGGAAGAAACGCUCCCAUGCCGAUGCUUCUGCGCAGUCCUUGGACGCAGACGAGCUUUGUGAAAUCCCAGCUAAAGCAAUCGAGCUCUCCGUGAUUGCUACUCAAAAGACUGAAGAGUUACAGGCAGAUUAUUUUGUGAGUGAAUGUCUUCCACAAAGCAAAAAAAAGGUGACAUGCUACCAAUGUGGUCUCUGUAAGUUUCUAUCACCUUCGCUCUUAGCUCUGCAAGAACAUAUAAAACAACAUGGGCAGAAAAAUGAGGUGAUAUUAAUGUGCUCAGAAUGUCAUUUUGCCUCCAAAAGCCAAGAAGAACUUGAAUCCCACUUCCAAAAUCACCACGAGAACAGUGGUAAAAACACCAUCCAGACAAAAGUGCAGCAAUGUGUCAAUGUCACCAGUUCAUUUCUGCAAGGGCCAGCAGAGGGAAGUGUCAAAUCAGGGACUGAUCAGACAGGAAAUCUGGAAUGUAAGGAUACAGCUCAGUCUGCUCCUGUGCCUGAAAUGGGCAGGAGGAAAUGGUACACCUACGAGCAGUAUGGCAUGUACAGGUGUUUGAUUUGCAGGUACACCUGCGGUCAGCAGAGGAUGCUGAAAACACACGCUUGGAAACAUGCAGGGGAGGUGGAUUGCUCCUACCCCAUCUUUGAGGAAGAAAAUGAAACCACCAGCUUGUCAGAGACAGUUGUAACUCACACACCUCAUAGUGUGGAUACAGUUGUCCUUUCUUUGGAAAACAAUGAACUUGAUAUCCAUAGUGAGCCUUCUCUUCAGCUUCAGAUUUGCAAUUCUGAGCAAGUGUCAUGUAAAUCACCCGUAGAAACAAAUGUGAAAGAGGAAGAGAUAUUAAGUGAGUCUGUGGUGCAUUCUCCUACUACAGAGGUUGUAGAGGAGACCGUAUCAGACACAGAACCAGAUAAUUUGAUAACGGACAGCCUGCUGUCAUCAGCACAGAAAAUCAUCAGUUGUAGUCCAAAUCAAAAGGGUCACGUUAAUGUCAUAGUAGAGCGUUUGCCAGGUGCUGAAGAAAGUGUUUUACAAAAGCCAUUCUCAAUGAAUACUGACAUUGAAACAGAAAAAAAAUUGAUCUCAGAGGAGUCCUCUGUUACCUGUGAAGAACCUGAUGAAGUUUAUCAUUCAGAUGCAAUUCAAGAAGUAAUAAUAGAAUGGAAUAAUACCGAGAAGAAAGAUAACGAAUUAAGCGCUAAUAAAAAUGUAACAGCUGACGAAAAUGUGCCUCCUGCACGAAGGAGGACAAAUUCAGAGUCUUUGCGACUGCAUUCCUUAGCAGCAGAAGCUCUUGUUACAAUGCCAAUCCGAGCUGCAGAGCUGACACGGUCCAGCCUCAGGGCUCUCACUGGAGAAGAUGCUGUGAAUGCAGGGGCAGGACAGGGAGGAGCUGAUGGCCCAUGCGUGGCUCAUUCUAAAGUGGUGUCCUCACUUAAGGAUCCUUCAGAGGAGUUCAGUGGCUUAAACCAAAGUGAAUGUGCAAUAGUCGAGAUUAAGAAAGACAGACCAGAGUUAUCGGAAGCACCAAUUAAAAUGGGCAUCAGCAUGUCACUGCUCACUGUCAUUGAAAAGCUGAAGGAGAGGACAGACCAGAACGCCUCGGACGAUGACAUCCUGAAAGAGCUGCAGGACAACGCGCAGUGCCAGAGCGCGGGCGCGGCGGCCGUGGCGGGCAGUAACCUGGUGGAGUUCAUCCCCAGCGCCGAGCGGCCCUACCGCUGCCGCCUGUGCCACUACAGCAGCGGCAACAAGGGCUACAUCAAGCAGCACCUGCGCGUGCACCGCCAGCGCCAGCCCUACCAGUGCCCCAUCUGCGAGCACAUCGCCGGCGACAGCAAGGGCCUGGAGAGCCACAUGAUCAACCACUGCAAGGCGCGCAUGUACCAGUGCAAGCAGUGCGACGAGUCCUUCCACUACAAGAGCCAGCUGCGGAAUCAUGAAAGAGAACAACACAGUCUUCCAGACCUCUUCUCUACAGCUACAGCUAACAAACUAAUAGUCUCCAAUGAAGCAGAUGAUAGAGAAGGAAGCAAGUCCUCCGUGCAGAAGCUGUUCAGGUGUGACGUGUGUGAGUACACCAGCACCACGUACGUGGGCGUGCGGAACCACCGCCGCAUCCACAGCUCCGACAAGCCCUACAGAUGUCGCGUGUGUGACUUCGCCACCACAAAUAUGAAUAGCUUGAAGUGCCACAUGAGGCGGCACCCCCAGGAGCACCAGGCAGUGCAGCUCUUGGAACAGUACAAAUGUUCUCUCUGUGGAUAUGUAUGUAGCCAUCCUCCAUCCCUGAAGUCCCACAUGUGGAAACAUGCAAGUGACCAAAAUUACAACUAUGAACAAGUGAACAAGGCCAUUAAUGAUGCAAUUUCACAAAGCAGUAGGUUUCAAGGGCAGCUUACUGACAAAACCUUACUAGAAGGCACAGAUGAAAGUACAGUACCUAUACUAGGAAGUUCAGACAACUUGGUGUCUUUUACAGAGUCAAUUAACCAGACUACAAAUGAAAUUUCAGGUUCUGAUGAAAAUGAAAAACCUACCUUGAUGAAUACCUCAUGCAGUUUAGAAAAGAACUCCACUCUACCCCAUCUUGGCACAGAAUACUGUGUUCUUCUCUUCUGCUGCUGCAUUUGUGGUUUUGAGUCUACCAACAAAGAAAAUCUGCUGGAUCAUAUGAAAGAACAUGAGGGUGAAAUCAUAAACAUCAUUCUAAACAAAGACAACAACACGGCUCAGAAUACCAACUAGGUGAAGCAGUAAGUUAAGAGAGGAUUUCCUAGAGUGAAUAUUUUCUUUCUUUGCUGAUUUUUGCCUGAGAAACUUGCUAAAGAGAAGAACUGCAAGCAAAACUUGAUUUCCCAUCCUGAGUUCUUGUUUCAGUAGGAGUACAGUUGUUUUAACCAGGGUCCGAUGAAUCAUUUAAGAGAUAAAUAUAAGGUGUGGAGAAUAGAACCAUCCAUUUUAACCUGUUACUUCUUCAUAUGGUGCCAAGAAUGUAGGAUUGUUGGUUUUUUCUUUUCCUGUCAGGUACUAGUCAGGAAUAAUGCAUUAGCACAGUACUUUAAAACCCAAAGGUGUGAAAGCUUUGAAUCACUUGAAAAGCUUUUCUCUUCCUCCCUCUUUGUUGUUUUCCAAGUAAUUCAGCAAAGAAGGUUUUUACCCUCUUUUUUGAAAGAUGAUCUGGCAGCAGAUCAGAUAAAACUGUUACAAUAUGAUCUGGUAAACCCCCCUGCCUGGCUUUUGGGCAGGUGGGCAGAGGGGAGGUGGGCCAGGGCAUGGGUGUGUUGUGUGCACACACAGGAGUUCCAUUUUUCCCAGUCUAUUUUUAAGGCUUUGAAACUCCCAAGUCAUUUUCCAGCAAAGCCUGCCAUCCUUUCCAUUGAUUUAGAGCAGCAGGAGGUGAAGGGCCUAGAAGCAUUUUGUUAAUAACUAUUUGUUUGAUUGGAUCCUAGCUACAAAACUCCUGUCUUUUCAGAUCAUAGUGUGUAACAGAUUAUUUUUUUAUAACAAUAACCUGUUGUUGCUUCAUGGUUUUCUUGACACAUUCAGACGAAUUAUUUUGAAAAAGAAAAGGUUAUCAUGUCACUUUCCAUUUGUGAUGAUUACUUUGCAGUAUGGAUGAGCAAUGUUUUUAAUGAGAACAAGAUAUUAACAAUAAUUGAGAGAUUUAGAUUAAAUCCAUGUUUAUUCCAAAAGAUGUAGGUGAGCACAAAUGGGAAUUUUCAGAAACACCUACGUUCUUUGGCAAUCUUUGAAAUGCCACUGGCUGGCCAAAUUUCCCACUUGUCUGUCAGAGCUGUAACUGUAGAAAUAAUGAGCUGAAAGAUAAUCUUCCUGUAGAAAAUCGUAUUUAAAAAAAGAAAUGGCAAACAACAUCUUAAGCCAAAACUGUAUCCAGUCCCUAACUGAAUAAAUUUUAUUAGUGCCUAUAGUAUAUAUUAUUAUUAUAUAGUAUAUAUUAUUAUAAUAUAUAGAAUAUAUAUAUUAUUAUAGUAUGUAUUAUAGAUAAAGGGAAUUAGAGAUUAUUUUGUUGUCUAAGAAACACAUAAAAAUCUCACCCUUUUAAAACCUUCAGCUUCUAAAAUUACAGUGUGGGGGGUUUUUUGUUUGUUGUUUUUACAGUUACAGCAGUUGGCAGUAGAAGAUGCUCCUCUGUAUAUCAAUGUGGAAUAUUCUUAUAGUGGCUCAUUACCUGGCAACUUUCUUGAGGUUAUUGAUUAAGUUGGCUACUUAAUUUUUUGGAAGAUUCAUUAAGUGUAGUAUCACCUCCAAAGAAGCCCUUUGGCAGCCAGAUUUAAACUCCUAGUUCAGGCGUGUGUUAAUUCCUGCUUUUGAUGAAUGGUAGAUGCACAGCACAGCCUGGUGCUGACACGGGCAUGCAGUGACCUGAUUUUUAGUAGCUCAAUUCUUACAAAGUUCCCUAUUCUUGGGAAAACAGUGGUUUCUGGUUCCUUUAUUUACACCCUUGUGGCAGCAGAAAUGAGCUGCAGCUGGAAAAGUGAGAGGCUGGCACAUGGAGUGUCUGUAUUGUGCUAGCACUGCCUGGAAGUGGCAACCAGGAAAAGAAAACAGUAACAGAAGUCACAGCUUCAUGAAGCAGCACAAAUUGUAGAGGUCAGGGUAAAAAGCACUAAGACUUCAAAUAUAUUUGGUAUUUGUUUUCAAGAGAUUUCCUCAGUUUGACUUCUUUUGGGUUAAAUAGGUAUUAUUUUGUUAAUAAAUUAGAUAGCAGAAAGUACACAUUUGACUUGAAGAAUUGGUCAGGAUAUAAGGUCAAAGUGGUUUUGUGCUGAAUUUUUGAGAUACCUUAAAUACCUAUGUGAAGUUAAUUAUACAUUAUUUUCAGUUAAUAGUUAUUUUUCAUAUUCCUACAGAUGGAUUUUACAUUUGAAAAACACAUUAUUUAUUUACAUGAUCCCAAAUUCCAGUGGAGAUAGUGAACUUUUAAUGGGAUAUUCAUAUUGUCAUACUGACACUGCUCUUUUACCUUCAGUAUGGAAUUAAUGUGAAAGUACUACAUCAUCUGGACUAUAUCUCAACUUUCUCACUCAGAAAUCCCAUUUGUUGGAAAAAUUAAAGGACAGUGAGAUCCCUAGUAGUGCUAAAGUACCAAUCAGCAUUCACAGAAACAAUACUUACCCCACUGUAAUUUUUGUGUAAUUAUGUUAAAGUUGCUGAAAGAUAAAAAAGGAAAAACUUGCAUUCAUAAGCUAAGAAGGAGAUGGCAGUGAACCAAAAUCUCAGAAGCCAAUAACCUUGAAUCAAAAUGAGCAGCUCUGGUGUGUGUGGAAGCCACGCUUGCAGCGUUCUGUGCAGUGCAGGAAUCAGUGUCACAGGAUUCCCAAGCAGGAUGUGUCUGUUCACAGUUGUUUUUGCCAUCUUGUUGCUUUGUUCUUUUUGACCAUGUGUUCCUGUAAAACAAGGAAAGCUACUUGCCUCUAAAAACCAUUACCAGUCCUGACAAAUGCCAACAGAGAGUUCUUUCCCAUAUGCACAGAGAUUUACUUUUGCUUUUUUUAGCUGUCUCCAUGCUGCUUGCAAUUAGUUACCCACUCACAAUUCCCAGGGACUUGUCAGAAGUCCUGCAUGUGAAAUAAUUAUAGACUUAGUUUUCUGAAAGCAAGUUGUUUCUCAGGUUAUCUGCUUUCAAAAGUGUAUGGCUGGCUUGGUUGCAUGUUUUGUAAGGGGUUUUAAGCAUAUUUCAAAGUCAUUAACACUGCAAAUUUCCCUUUUUUUUUAAAGCUUUUAAACUAUUUUUGUCUCUUCGGUCACAGCACUACCAGGUGAUCAGCUAUUCAUGUGCUGUUUGUUUAAAUUAGAUUUUAUUCUGUGAUACAAACUGUAACAGCUUUGUUUGCAAUGCCUGCACUUCCACUAAAGAGCAAACUUCAUUCAUACUUGGCUGUACUGAAAAAUGGGUGCAUAUUUCAUCUUCCUGAUUUAUGCUUGACCUGGAAAAAUAGAGUGGGAUUCAGUUGGAGUUAUUGUAUUUUCCUCUUUCAUAAGCACUUAUUUAAUCAUUUGAAGAAAUGUACAGUUGGUGCUCAAAGUAACAUUUGUUAAGAUAUAUUUAAUAGAAAUUUACAUUUGCAUUUGAUAUUCAUGGACAUGGGUACAUGUAUUUUUUUAAGAAAAGGUAUUGUAACACUAUGGCACUGCUUUUAUAGCCAAAGUAUAAAAAAAUUUAGAAAACUGACAUGUAAAGACUGCAUUUAAUUCUGAUACUGUAUCUUAUUAAAUAGGAUGAGUUUUGUUUUAUAAAGUUAUCCAGCACAUUAAGCUGCAUGCCUUAAGCUCUCUCUAGGAUUGUGUUCCUGAUAGGCGACUCUUUGGAAGGAUGAAGCAAAGUCUGUAGUACUACUUUAACUACCUUCUGGAAUACUGUACAAUGGUAGAAUAAUUUAUUUUGCUUUACAGGAGUUUGUCACGUAUUGACUUUAAUAUUGUAUUUUGGUAAUAAACUUUUUUUUGUUAAAA